CGUCUCUCCCCAUCCGGGGCAGCGGGGAAUGGCUGAGCCCAGCGACCGGCCGCCGCCGCUGCCACCGCAGCAGCUUGGUCCGGCUCCGGCCCCUGGCUUCGGCCUCAGGCACUAUCUCAUUUGAUCUUCACAGCAACUCUACAAAGAUUUUAGCAUCCUAAGCCAUAUUGGAUCAGCAGGCAUUAAAAUUCAUCCCGCACUGACCUGUCACCAUGUCUAAGUUGAAGAGCUCAGAGUCAGUCAGGGUGGUGGUACGAUGUCGUCCUUUGAAUGGCAAAGAAAAAGCUGCUUCAUAUGAUAAAGUUGUUGAUGUGGAUGUGAAGCUAGGGCAGGUGUCAGUCAAGAAUCCCAGGGGAACAACCCAUGAGAUGCCCAAGACUUUUACAUUUGAUGCUGUUUAUGACUGGAAUUCCAAGCAGUUUGAGCUUUAUGAUGAGACUUUCAGACCUCUGGUAGACUCUGUCCUUCAGGGUUUUAAUGGAACCAUCUUUGCUUAUGGCCAAACAGGGACUGGGAAAACCUAUACGAUGGAAGGGGUUCGUGGUGACCCUGAGAAAAGAGGUGUCAUCCCUAACUCCUUUGAUCAUAUCUUUACUCACAUUUCUAGAUCUCAGAAUCAGCAAUACCUUGUCAGAGCCUCUUACCUAGAAAUAUAUCAAGAAGAAAUACGAGAUCUGCUAUCAAAGGACCAGACAAAAAGACUUGAAUUAAAAGAGAGGCCAGACACUGGUGUCUAUGUGAAGGAUCUGUCUUCCUUUGUUACAAAAAGUGUCAAGGAAAUAGAGCAUGUCAUGAAUGUAGGAAAUCAGAACCGUUCAGUUGGUGCUACCAACAUGAAUGAACACAGUUCUCGAUCUCAUGCCAUCUUUGUUAUCACUAUUGAGUGCAGUGAAGUAGGGCUUGAUGGAGAAAAUCAUAUCCGUGUGGGAAAGCUGAAUCUAGUAGAUCUUGCAGGCAGUGAACGCCAAGCCAAGACGGGAGCUCAGGGGGAAAGGUUGAAAGAAGCCACCAAGAUUAACCUGUCCCUUUCAGCUUUGGGUAAUGUCAUAUCUGCUCUUGUAGAUGGCAAAAGCACUCACAUUCCAUAUCGGGACUCAAAACUUACAAGGCUCUUACAAGACUCCUUAGGUGGCAAUGCUAAAACUGUGAUGGUAGCCAAUGUUGGGCCUGCCUCCUAUAAUGUAGAAGAAACCCUCACUACACUGAGAUAUGCCAACCGUGCCAAAAAUAUUAAGAAUAAACCAAGAGUUAAUGAGGAUCCUAAGGAUGCUCUUCUUCGAGAAUUUCAAGAAGAGAUUGCUCGGCUUAAGGCCCAGCUGGAAAAACGUUCCAUUGGCAAAAGAAAAAAGAGAGAAAAACGUCAAGAGGGGGUUGGAGGCAGAGAGGAAGAGGAGGAGGAAGAAGAGGGAGAGGAUGAAGAAGGUGAGGAUGAAGGUGAGGAUAAAGAUGACUACUGGAGGGAGCAGCAAGAGAAACUGGAGAUUGAAAAGAAGGCCAUUGUAGAGGAUCACACCUUGGUAGCUGAAGACAAGAUGAGAUUAUUAAAGGAGAAGGAGAAAAAGAUGGAGGAUCUGAGAAGGGAGAAAGAUGCUGCAGAAAUGCUGGGUGCCAAGAUCAAGGCCAUGGAAAGUAAGCUGCUCGUUGGAGGAAAAAAUAUAGUUGACCACACCAACGAACAACAAAAAAUACUUGAGCAGAAGCGACAGGAAAUUGCAGAGCAAAAACGUCGAGAACGUGAAAUUCAACAACAGAUGGAAAGUCGGGAUGAAGAAACAUUGGAACUGAAGGAGACUUAUAGCUCUUUACAGCAAGAAGUGGACAUCAAGACCAAGAAGCUAAAAAAGUUGUUUUCUAAACUCCAGGCUGUAAAGGCAGAAAUUCAUGACCUUCAAGAAGAGCAUAUCAAAGAGCGUCAGGAGCUGGAACAGACUCAAAAUGAACUCACCAGGGAAUUGAAACUCAAGCAUCUUAUUAUAGAAAACUUCAUUCCUCUGGAAGAGAAAGGCAAAAUAAUGAAUAGAUCCUUCUUUGAUGAAGAGGAAGAUCAUUGGAAAUUACAUCCCAUAACCCGACUGGAUAAUCAGCAGAUGAUGAAACGGCCUGUUUCAGCUGUGGGUUAUAAGAGACCACUUAGCCAACAUGCGAGGAUGUCCAUGAUGAUUCGUCCAGAGGCACGCUAUAGGGCAGAGAAUAUUGUAUUACUAGAAUUGGAUAUGCCUAGCCGGACAACCAGAGACUAUGAAGGUCCAGCCAUAGCUCCCAAAGUCCAAGCUGCUUUGGAGGCUGCUCUACAGGAUGAAGAUGAAAUACAGGUGGAUGCCUCAUCCUUUGAAAGCACAUCGAAUAAAAAAUCCAAGGCUAGACCUAAAAGUGGAAGAAAGUCAGGAUCCUCUUCAUCUUCCUCUGGAACUCCUGCAUCUCAGCUUUAUCCACAGUCCCGGGGGCUGGUUCCAAAGUAAAACCAGUAACUCCUCUCGAAGUGUGAGCAAGCCCCUGCUACCUUCUGAGAGAAGAAACCAGAAAAAACUUGCAGAGAUGCCUUUAGACCAAACCAAGAACCCCUUCUUUCUAGGGAAUUAUUAUGAGGGCCUCUUUGCUGAAUAACUGACUUGUGUCCAAGUGCGCUGGUCCUGGGGGUUUUAAAACAUGGGAGGAAGAGAUUUAUAAUUUGACAUUCAGCCCGCUGGGGGAAAUUAUUUUAGUUAGUAAAUCAGAAAUGCAUGGGUUACAGUAAAGUGUGUUAGUGGCAAUGAGAUGGUCCCUUCUUCAAUUUCAACCUAUUUAUUGCACUGAGCUCCUUUACUAUUGGACAGAAGGAGCAGAGUUGACAGUUGCUAUAUAGCUGGAUCAGCUCUUCGGAGUCCUUUGGGCUAAAUGACAGGGGAGGUUGAAAAGCAUAAGACUUAAAAUGUGAUUUAAUGCAUGCUCUGUUUAGAGAAAUCCAAAACUUUAUUUGGAUUUAAAUUCCAGAUAGGCAGGAAUAUAGAUCUUUCCCCAUCCCCAUUAAGAAAUAUUUGCCUCCCUUGAGAGCUGCUGGAUAAGGGGUUGGUGUCCUAGGGUCAUGUAUUUCUGCUCCUGAAAGAUAUGACAGUGGAAAUAGAAAUUGAUAGAUAUCCUUUGCCUACUUUUGGUAGGUUUAGGAAAUAGCUUCUUUCAGAUCUCAGUUGUCACUGUCAAAGAGUAAGUUGAUACACUGAUGAAAGUUUCAAAUAGUGUCCCUUAUUUUCUCUUCAUUCACUAUCAUGUUGCCACAUACAGCUGAUCCUUCUCUGAGUCUGGGCCUCUCUAUUUGAGGAAGAAUGCCUUACUUUGCCUUUGCUAAUAGUGAUGGGAUUAGGUAUAAAAGAAUGAAAUACAUACAUAUUUAGCGUUCACCUGAAGACCAAGGAAAGUAAUUCAUUGAGAUGGGUACUGGGGUUUUGUGCCUCAUUCUCUUCCAUAAUGGAACAGAUUCAUUAACCCUUUACUAACCCCAGAGGAGAAUAGAAUCAGGCUGACUCAUAAAAAGAAGAAUGAGACUUCAUGCUGUGGCAUUGGGGACUAGCUUAGGGCAAAGGAACUGUGCCUCUUAAUGAUCUUUUCAAAAUUGUUUGGGGCAGUAGCAGACCGCCAUUAUACAGCAGAAUUGCAGGCUCACUCCUCAGGCCUGAGUUUAAAGUAGAUGAACUGCUAUCUAUGUAUAACCUGCCUAUACUCAGAAGAAUACCUGUUUGCAAAUACUAGUUUGUAAGUUUUAGUUUGUUAUACCUUGAAAUUUGAAGCUAUAUUUUAUUUUGGUCAUCA